GAACUUUCACUGCAACGACUAUGCCAUUAUUAUUGCCAUCAUCCUCCCUUUGCUUUUCCGCCUGCCGCCUCAUCGCUGAUGAUAACGAGAGGGAAGUUGAAGCAGAAAGGCUGCUUGAAGGGAGAUGAUGUUCAGGGUCUACUGCCUUCUCAAUGCCGAGUCUAGGAUUUCUUCUACUCAAGUCGCCGAUUUACAAGACGAGACCUUCUUUCAUCCUCCCAUCCAUCAUGGCAACACUAGCAUCACUGCGAGCUCCAAGCACCUACUCUCAUUGAUGUUACGUCAGGGUCACGGAUAUACACUGUGGCUUCCGGAACCGAUUUCGAAUCUUCCUCCUGAUUGUGUUUGCGAUGGAACACCAUUCGGAGACCUUGGAUAUCUUGCUGAUAGCGGGAGAUUCGACUACCUUUUCAACAUUUUUAUGGGGACACUGAGGAUCCUGUUAAUCAGGAUUAGUAUAGUAUACCUCCUGGUUUUGUACCGCUCAAGGUGGAUCCUUGUAGAUGGGAAAGAUUGGAGUUCCACGAUAGGAACUUGAUGGUUACUAUGUCUGGCGUGGAGCAGAGAUUAGCUGGAGCAUUUCUACGAGCACAAUCACGCGAGGCGCCGUCCCCGCCCUUCCUGAUGGCGCCAAACGCUACGAUCGUGAACUCCCCGGUCUGCUCGGGGAAUACGCAGCCGCGAAUGCCCAUAGUUGGUACCAAUACUAUAAUGGCCAAGACAAGGCAUGGGGAUCCGCAACGAUUCGGACAGUCAGAUGUAUGCCCUUGGAGAAGGAUGCAUCAGCAUUGAGUACAGCAGUCUCAAUGGUUGACGCAAAUCGGGU